AUGCCUUACUACAGUAGCGACGAUGACUCCUAUGAAUGCGAUACAUGUACGCGUCGUUUCGCUACCUGGCGUGCCUGUAACCAACACAUGGAUGCUACAGACCACAAGGCGCCAACCUCUGAUUGUGAGGUCUGCAACAAGACGUUCCGUACUCAACAUGCGGCGAACCAACACAUGGAUGCCGUCGGUCAUUGGGAGCAAGAUUACUACCCUUACGAAUGCGAUACCUGCACAAACAGAUAUACGUCGGAGGAGGCCGUCCAGAGACACAUGAAGGAUGCCGGGCACUAUAAAUACUAUUGUAAGGUCUGUGACAGGAAAUUUGAGAACCGGAAUAAUCUGAACAUGCACCUCAGGUCGAGGGUCCGUGUAGGCAAUGGCAUCAAAUGCCCCUUUUGCAAAACCGGCUACGCGACCGCCAGUGGCCUUGCACAUCAUCUUGAACGAGCUGCUUGCCCAAACGCACCAUACAUGAACCGGGAAACCAUUCUCCGAAAAGUCCGUGAAUGUGAUCCGCAUGGGCGCUUUACCCUCAAGCAGAUCGAAUGGCUUCAAGAAGAUAAUUCCAAUUAUUCAGCCACGGAUCAAGCUUUCAAUGGCUCGUCCUGGCAGUGUUAUCUUUGUACAUCUUGUUUUAAAUUACGCCGAGGUCUGAACCAGCAUCUCAACUCUCCUGUACACAAACAGAGUGUAUAUCGGUGUCCCAACACCCGAAGCCAAUGCGGCAAGGAGUUUGUGACACUUGCUGCAUUAUUCAGUCAUUUGGAGAGUGAAUCCUGUUCAGUCGUGAGAUUUGAGGCUGUUCAGAAAGGCGUGAAUGAUAUGAUCCUGAGAGGGAAAAUGAUAGCAUUUUGA